AUGGCAUCUUUUAUCAACCUCCUCAUUCUUUCCUAUUUUGCCCUUACCGUUGGCGCCGCACCGACUACCCGUGAUAUCGGCAACUACGGCAAGUUCUCUGACUACUGCAUGUGGCCGAUGUACAUCGAUAACCCUAGCAAUCCUACGGUGACCUUCGAUGCCGACUGUUCUUCCACAAAGGGCGGAGCUGGCUUCAGUGCCCAACUGGCAAACUCCCAGCUCGACUUCAACGAGUGUUUCGUCAACAAGGGUGGAAUUAUGAUGCCCUGGAAGGGUGGUGAUGCCAUGAAGACCUGCACCUGCAAAAUUGACCUUUCAGCCUGCCCCGAUCUACCUGGCGGCUGUCCAAACACAUGGAUGCGGUGCGAAUGCCACAACGGAACCCCGGAUACGAUCACUGUCAGCAUAUUUGACCUUGGAGACUACAUUGGCGUUACUUGGUCCCCGGAGCACCAGAACAACCUGUUGGUCUGCCCCGCGCCCAACGGAGACACCAUUGCGAAGUAUCAGGGAUGCACUAAGGACGGCGUAACGAGUCCGAUCGACAAGUGCCCUUCUUAG